UAUCGCAAUAUCAAUUAGAGUAGGUCGGUUUCUACUCACCCUCACGGUAUUUUUAGCUCAUAAUCUAACAUUCUGCACUGCACCACAUGAAGUCGAACAUUCCUAUUACCUUUUAACUCUGCACGCUUGCUUAUAGAUAUUUUUUUUUACAUGCAUUGACAUUGACCGAGCAACGCCAAUAUGCACAGUAGGUUCCCUUCCAGGCCAAAAUGGCUCAACAACCGCUUCUGUUGCUGCCCGAGUUUCAGAACUUGUCGGUUGGCACUUUGGUGAUAAAGGAGCCGCUGAAUUUCUGGGGAGGAGCGAGAGUGAAACCUAAACAAACAAAGAACUCCGAGCCAGUAUACGAACCUGCAACUGGUCGUGUGUUGUGUGAUUUGAUUCCCUGUGUAGAGGAGGAGGUAGACCAGGCCAUCAAAAAUGCUCAUUCUGCAUACUUACAAUGGCGCAAACGGUCUGGGAUGGAAAGAGCCCGCAUCAUGCAUGAGGCUGCCAGGAUUAUUAGGGAACGCAGAGGUGAAAUUGCAAAAGUGGAAGUGAUCAACAAUGGCAAAUCUAUCACUGAGGCUGAGUUGGAUAUUGACACUGCUUGGCAGUGUAUUGAGUACUAUGCUGGCAUUGCCCCCACAUUGUCAGGCCAGCACAUACAGCUUCCAGGAGGAUCUUUUGCUUAUACCCGAAGAGAGCCAUUGGGUGUUUGUGUUGGUAUAGGAGCCUGGAAUUAUCCCUUCCAGAUAGCUGCCUGGAAGUCAGCCCCAGCAUUGGCCUGUGGCAAUGCCAUGGUGUUCAAACCAUCUCCAAUGACCCCAGUGACAGCAGUCAUUUUGGCGGAGAUCUAUAAAGAGGCCGGUGUCCCUGACGGACUCUUUAAUGUGGUACAAGGAGGUGCUGAGACUGGAUCACUGUUGUGUCACCAUCCAACUGUGGCUAAAGUGUCUUUCACUGGCAGUGUGCCCACAGGAAAGAAGAUUAUGGAAAUGGCAUCCAAGGGUGUGAAGCCGGUGACUCUAGAGCUUGGAGGGAAGUCACCUCUUAUCAUCUUUAAAGACUGUGAACUGGAGAAUGCAGUCAAAGGUGCCCUCAUGGCCAACUUCCUCACCCAAGGAGAGGUGUGCUGCAAUGGCACACGGGUGUUUGUGCAAAGAGAGAUUAAGUCUCAAUUUUUGGAAGAAGUGGUGAAAAGGACCAAGGCUAUUGUUGUCGGUGAUCCCUUGCAAGGCGAGACACGAAUGGGUGCUGUUAUUAGCAAACCUCACAUGGAAAAAGUGUUGGGUUUCAUCAAUCAAGCUAAAGAACAGGGUGCAAAGGUGUUGUGUGGUGGUGAGCGAUUUGUUCCCAGUGAUCCCAAACUAAAAGACGGAUACUUUGUGUCCCCAUGUGUGCUGGAUAACUGCAGGGAUGACAUGACUUGUGUGAAGGAGGAGAUCUUUGGCCCUGUGAUGUCCGUUUUGCCUUUUGACACAGAGGAAGAGGUCCUUCAAAGAGCUAACAACACAACCUUUGGGUUGGCAUCUGGAGUCUUCACCAGGGAUAUAGCUCGUGCCCACAGAGUGGCUGCGAACCUUGAAGCAGGGACGUGCUACAUUAACAACUACAAUGUCGGUCCUGUGGAAGUUCCUUUUGGAGGCUACAAGAUGUCAGGUUUUGGAAGGGAGAACGGCCAAGUGACUAUUGAAUACUUCUCUCAGCUGAAGACUGUUGUGGUGGAAAUGGGAGACGUGGAAAGCCUCUUUUGAACUAUUGUGGGCUUAACCAUUAAAGUUGCCAUUUUUUCCUGUGUUUUCGCAGCUUUUAUUGUGUUUACAGUGCACAAUAUAAUGUGUUCAUGUUUCCUGUGUAAAAACGCAGUAUUUAUUACAUAAUUCACUUCUCUAUAUAUCACUGUUUUCACUGUCCUAAAAUCGGGAUGGCUUCCUUGUUCUAUAAAGUCUCUCCUUCAGAAAUAUAACGAGUUUGAUUGGGCAGCUAGUAAACUGUGUUGUUAUUCGAAUGUGAUUAGCACACAUUGUCUGAAUGGUCAUGCCAGUUCGAGGAAGCUGUCCUCAGCAAAGGCCAAACUAAAGCAAUAAGCCCCAAGAAGCAGUGGUUACAGGUCAUGAGUGCAUAAAACCCCAUUCGCUGUUAUAAAAUGCCCUGUAACACCAUUGCUUCGCAGAGCGUAUUGCUUUUAUAAAACUGUUACAUCAUAUUCAUAAAAUAAAACAGAGCAAAUAAGUAUAAUAAACAGUUAUUUUAGUACAAAUAUUACUCUUCCGCCAAACAAAGUAGUUCCUCAGAAUCGAGUGUUGCUGCAACAGAGCGGUUCCCAAGCAACACAGAUACAGCAAAGACACAAUGAAAAUAUGAUUAAAGGCUGUGGUGUUUAUUUUCAUAUAUUAACAUUCACAUAAUUUAUUCAUUAACAUUUAUAUCAUGCAACUGAAGAAUGGAUCAUAAAAUAUGUUUGGAAGCAUGCUUAACUCUUUCCCCACCAGCAUUUUUAUAAAAGUUGCCAGCCAGCGUCAGCAUUUUUAUGAUUUUCACAAAAGUUUAAUGCCUUCCAGAAAUUUUUCUUCUUUAAAUAUAUAAUACAAUACAUACAAAAUAUUAAAUGAAAGAACAGACCAUUCGCUUAAAAAAAACAUUUCAUCCUAUCUUCAUUUGCUCUCUUUUAUCAGCUCCCAAAUUUAAGUUGUGUAAGGGCGCCACCUAGUGGAUAAUAGCGGUGCACAAAGCACACAUCAACACUUACUUUCGCCCGCGGCCCUCAGUCAGGUUAGAAUUUUUUGGCCCUUGGUAAAAAUUUGUGCACCCCUGGUUUAGAUCAAAAGCUAUUUCCGUUAAGUUUGUGACAAUAUCCUAAGUACAUUUGGAAUUAGAUUAUAUAAUAUAUCAUGAAAGGGUUUCAAACAAAAUACAUAUUUAAUUUUUGCUGCCAAGUGUUGGAACUGCUAUUGUUCCUACACACAGUCCUUGUUGCAAUGUUUGUGCUCGGUGUUCUGUUACCAUUCCCAACACAUGGAAACACUAACAGUAUUAACUGUUAAACAUGUUUAUUUACCUCAUUACUAUGAGCAUUUGACAAACAGUGUCACAUUAAACCAGAUUAAUUCAGACUAAUAGAAAAAAAAAAAAAAAAACAAGUGCCUAAAAGUCUCUUUGUACUGAUAUUUUUACACAGUGAGAAAAGACUUUGGAAAAAUUACACUUAUUAUUUGUUCUAGAUUUGUUUUUUUGUUCGUUUUUUCUUUUCCUACUUUGUAAUAUACCAUAAAAUACCAUAAAAGCU